CCGACAGGCUCCUGGCUAAGAAAGGAGCGAGGGAAGGCUUGUCUGUCCCUGGCAGCUGGGUGAGUGGGGGGCCCUCCACUGGCCUCUAGCCCUCCGGUUGCUAAUGUCUCUCAGGGCUGAAGACCAGGCAGGCUCCCCACAGUGGGACCCCCCCCAGAGCCAAGAAAGGGGGCAUCAGGAGGCGACUCGCCUGGCUUUUCUCCAGAAGUGAGAUCAGCCUGACGGAGCUGCAGCGGAAGGAGGGCAUCAGGGAUGGCCCCAGCGCCCCAGGAGCUGCAGCCCACCAGGAUGGGAAAGGGAAGGGCAGGAGGAAAGAGAAGAGGAGCAAGUUGCAGGGGUCUUUGCAGAGGAUGGCUGAGGAGGACAAGAUCUCAGCUGGGGGAAGAUGCAGCGAGGAGCCCCCCCAUCCCAGCGGGCCCCAGAAGGCAUCUUCGAAGCUGCAAGCUCUCAGCUACUCAGAGUCUGACCUCUGGAGGAACGGCCUCCUGCGGACGUUUGGGACCCUGCCCUGGCGGAGGCUGCAAAGCAGCCAGCUGGAGCUCUCAGGCACUGGCGCUGGUGGUACGGGUCAUCUGGGGAGCUCACUGGGCCAGUCCUGGCCUUUUGCACGGCUACAGAGACCUGCGGUUGGCAGUGAUUUGGAUAUGGCGGGCCGGCUUGACUUGUGCUCUGCUGGGAACCUGGCCGGAGAGCAGAAGACUCCAAAGCCAUCUGCUUGGCCCAUGGACACGGGGAAUUUGAAGCCAGCCACACCCAGCCAGGUGGAAAUCUUCACAUCCUUUGGCUCUCUGCUGGACAAAGAAGAUGGGAGCUCCUGGGGAGAAUCUGUCUCUAUUGGCAGCACCUCCCUGGACAUCCCUGCCAGCCCCAAGAUGCAGGGGGAAGACUACAAGCAUCCAGCCUCCCAGGAGGAACCCAGCAGAGCCCCAGAGCCUCUGACAGAAUGGGCUGAAAGCCUUUUCCAAGAGUAUUUAGACUCAGGGACCUUCCGCCCUAAGGCAGUGGGACAGCCAGACCAUGUGAGCCAUGGCCAUAGGGAAUCUAUCUCUGAACCGGAGACCUGUCCGUUUGCCAGUCCUUCCUAUAAUCAGAUCAGCAGGAUGGAGGAACCUGCAAUAGGCAGAGAAAGCCCAGAACGGCCUCUGGAGACUAUCCAGGGGGUUGAACCCGCCCCUGCCAAGAGACCUGUGAAGAUCUGCUACAAGGUAAUGAUCACUCUGACCAAGGAGCAGGAAGAGGCUGCGAAGAGCAGAGCAGAGGAUCUGCCUAGGGUAUGUGGGAAUGGACUGGGUUCCCACGGAGCCGCGAAGCCAGCUGGGGAAGCAGGAGUUUCUCAGGAGGUUGCUGAGUUGCAGAAAAUGGAUGAGCAAUGUCAUGGGGAACCAGCCAGACCGGCUCCCCAGCUGGCAGCACGCAAGGAAUUCCAAAACUUCAUGCUGCAAAGGGAGGGUACUGCUGGGGUGACCGGGCAGGUCCACCCAGUCACAGGGUGCCUGGUGACACCGCUGCAAGGAUCAGUGCCCAGCCCCAGGCAGAGACGGGACUGGCAGGAACAGAGCCUGUCCCACUGCAGGGAUCUCUCGGUAGUGAAAGGGAGAGCCGUCCGCGCGGCAGGAGCCCCGGCCAGCAGCGCCCCCAGCUCCUUCGGGCUGUGCAGAGAGGGUGAGGAGGCCCAGUCAGAGAGAGCCUGUGACGCUGGGACGGGGCUAGACGAGAUGAAGAAGGUCGGUGGUAGCGCCUGCGCCCAUCACCCCAAGCCGGGAAAGUCGACUCAGAGCACCUGGUUCAGCUGGAAGAAAGCGCCUGCUGAUCAGCCCGAGGAAGAGGCCAAGCCCUGCAUCCGCAAGGUCUCUCUGCUGUCGCGGAGGUUAGAGGCUGCUGCCAGCUCCUCCCGGGUGGCGAUGCUGCUGGAGGCCUGGGAAAAGGGGACAAUAGGCAGGGAAUCUGUAGACUUGCCUUCUCCAACAGACAGCAGCUGCUCCCGAUCUCCCGGCCCGCAGAAGGAUUUCUCUGAACACACUCCCGUGUUCUCACAGAUCUAUUCGCCGGUUCAAAAGGAGACGAGGCCGACAGAAAGGGGAAAGCAGGCUGCUGAUAGCACUACGGUCACUGAAUCCCAGAGGGAUGGCCACCUGUCCCGCGUUGCCAGCACCGCCAUACCCACUGGGUCCCCAAGAGAAAGCCACAAGCCCAGUGCUCGUAGCACCACUACACCCACUGGGUCCCCAAGAGAAAGCCACACGCCCAGUGCUCGUAGCACCACUACACCCACUGGGUCCCCAAGAGAAAGCCACACACCCAGUGCGGUUGGCACCAAUACGCCCAUUUGUUCCCCAAGAGAAAGCCACGGGCCCAGUGCUUUUGGCAUCACUCCUGUGACCAGUUCCCAAAGGCAAUGGCACUUCCCAAAUGCUGGCAGCACGACUGUAUUUAGAUCCGAAAGAGAAAUCCUCAUGCUCAAAGCCGGAAGCACUGUUGGGUUUAGAUCCGGAAGAGAAGUCAUUGUGCCUACCGUUGAGAGCACCAGUGUAAGCGAAUUCACACGAGGGAGCGGCACGUCUGUCCCUGGAUCCCCAAGCGAAAGCUGCUGGCAAUGUGCUGGUGGAAGCCUGAUGGCCCUUGGUGAGGCUGCUAGUAGCUCUGCAGCUGGAUCGCCGGGAGAAAACUGCAUGAUGCAAGCUGGCAGCACUGAUGUGAGUGAAUCCCAAGGAGAUAGGGGCAUACUGGGCGCCUUUAGCACCAGCAUAACUGAGCCCCAGAUGCAGACCAGUCCCUUUGCUGUGAGCAGAUCUGAAACUGAAUGCAGCCUGCCAGGUCCGGGUGGCACAGCCACAGCUGGGUCAGAAAUGGAAAGCAGCGUGCCAAACACUGAGGGGGCUGUUUUAGCUGCACCCGGGACAAAGAACACAUCUAAGGCUGCUGGCGAACCUGGAAAUAGCACCCAAGCCGAAAGUGGCAAUCCAGAGCCUUCUAGAGUGCAGCUGUUGGCCUCCCAGGCUAAGGUCAGGGGAGAGGGGGAUGAACCAGCUCGGAACUCUGAGGGAUCUGCCCAAGAGCCAAACGUUUCAUCCGAAGAGACCAAGGCCUCCCCUGAAGCCUUGAGCCAUGCCCAGCCAACGGGGAGUCACCAGGAGAUGACAGAGGAGGACCCCGACCUGUCUGUGGACAUGGAACUUUUGGUGGACACCCUCCGCAACAUGGAGCCCUCCGAAAUCCGAAAGCCUCCCAAGAUCUCCCGGCUGUCGCGCUGUUCCUCGCGUGGAAAAUACGCCACCCUGCCACCCAUUGAUGAGUAUCACAUCGCUCCCAAGUCCCAGGUUCCCUUCCCGGAGGCCCUCAGCGAGCUUUUUGGUCGGACGGAAUGGAAGCAGCUGGAGGAGAAUGGACCGAAACAGGAGAAUGUGGAUCCCUCUGGGGAGGAGGAAGAGGAGAUAGAGAACCCGUAUCUCAGUAAGGAUGAGAAGCCACAGGCCAAAGAGGAGCCCAGGAAAGUUUACCCCUGGGAAAACAUGUCAGCUGAAAUAGAAGAGAAGACGCUGUCUCUCCUGGGGAAGUUGAGGCAGCCCCCAGGGGAUGAGAAGGCUUCCAGGAAUCAGAGCAUCCUUUUCAACGCUAACAUCCUCAAAGGCGCCUCCCUGCUGAAAGAGCUCCAGGAGCAGAAGGCAGUCCCCACAGAAGACAAGCCCUACUCCCGCUUGAACAGCAGCCUCCUCUACAGACGGUACGUCUCCUCUGUGACGCCCCCACUCAAAGCUCUGGAGAAGGAGCGAGAAGGAAGGAGCUCACCCACGCCAAUUGACCCGGCUCUGCUAAAUGCCAGCAGGCAGAGCUGGAUGCCACCCAAUGGACCACAGUUGAAACCCUGCGAACAGCUGACCUCUGAGCCUUCCCCCGCUGGACUCCAGGAGAUGACAAGAGUCCUCUCUCUGGACCCUCAGAAGGCACCAGGCACAGACAAAAACACUGGCCAGAUUCCUCUGCUCUUCGUGGAGGCUGAGCAGAAAAAUACUCCUCCCCCGUUGCUGGGGCACCCUGCAGCUGGGCAAGAGGCAAAGAACCCCUCCCCGAAGCUCAACGGGAGACCUGGGAAGAUCAUUCUGUUCUCCGAGUCGGGCUUUGUGGGCCAGAAGAGGGAGAUCUGGGGCGACGUCGCCGAUGCUACGUCCUGGGAGCUCUCCCACACUAUCUCCAUCCAGGUGGUCCGAGGGUGCUGGGUGAUGUACGAGAAGCCGCGGUUCCACGGGCGGAAGUGUGUGCUGGCCGAGGGGGAUGUGGAGAUCAACAAUCCAUGGACAGCCUAUGGGAAAGACGGGGAGGCGCCUGAGAACGCGCCCUUCCGCAUCGGCUCCUUCAAGAGGGUGGUGAGGGAUUACCGGAUCCCCGAGAUCAGUUUGUUUACUGAGGAGAAUGGAGAAGGCACAAAAGUGAAGUUCACGGAUUCCUCAGAAGACACCCGGGUCCGUGGCAAGCCCUUGAAGGCCUCUUCCAUCAUUGUCCACUCUGGCCUGUGGCUCAUUUACUCCAAACCUUUCUUUGAUGACGACCCCUAUGUUUUGGAGCCUGGCGGGUAUCCCAAUUUAAAAGCCUGGGGUGCGAAGGACCCUUCCGUCUGCUCUAUGCAUCCUAUUAAACUGGGCUGCCCUGCUGUAGAAAAACCUGGAGAGCCCAAGGCAGUGAUCUACGAGAAGGCAUGUUUCCAGGGCCACAGCUGCGAAGUGAACCGAGACAUCUAUGCUCUGAAGAAAGAGGAGAACAGCCAGGGCCCUGUGAUGUCCACGGUGGGGUCUCUGCGCAUCCUGGGGGGCUGCUGGGUUGGCUAUGAGAAGGAGGGGUUCCGGGGCCACCAGUAUCUGCUGGAGGAAGGCGAAUACCAUGACUGGACGCAGUGGGGAGGCUACAGUGACGAGCUGGUGUCCUUACGGCUGAUCCGGACGGACUUCUCGGACCCGGCGCUGGUGCUUUUCAAGGCCUUGGACUUCCAGGAUGGGCCCAGUGUGGAGCUAAGCGAAGCGCUGCCCAACGUGGAGCUGGCUGGCUAUGGAAUCACAACCCAGUCCAUCCAUGUGCUGAGUGGAGUGUGGGUGGCCUAUGAGAACACAAAUUUCUCAGGCGAGCAGUACAUCCUGGAGAAAGGAGUGUAUCGGAACUGUGAGGACUGGGGAGCCAGUGCCGGCCGGAUCGCCUCUGUGCAACCUGUCCUCCAGGUUGGGCAGCACAGUCUGCAUUUUGUCUCCAGGAUCCAGCUGUUCUCAGAUCCCGAUUACCUGGGUGAUCAUGUCUCCUUUGAGGACGAUCAGGUGUCCCUGCCGGAGGCCUUCGCUCCCCAGUCCUGCAGGGUCCAUGGAGGCAGCUGGAUUCUCUACGACCGCUGGGAGUUCGAGGGGGAACAGCACGUUCUAUCGGAUGGUGAGUAUCCGACGCUCACUGCCAUGGGCUGCGUCUCAUCCACGGCCAUCCGGUCACUGCAGAAGGUCCCAAUUGUAAGUAUUUCAAAUCCCAAUGCCGCUGCUUCCUCCCCAUUCUCAGUUUCUUGUCUUUGCCCCCAGCGUCUGCCCGUUUGGAUGUGUAUCGCCAUGUGCAUUCUCCCUGCCUGCCCCAUCCUGCCGCUUCGCUGCCUCCAUUCCUUUCUCUUUUCCCUGCAGUUUUUCUCGGAGCCCUCAAUCUUCCUGCAUGGGCUGGAGUGUUUCGAAGGGAAGGAGAUAGAGCUGACCAGCGAGGUGCGGAGCCUGCAGGCUGAGGGCUUCAAUAACCAUGUGCUGUCUGUGCGCGUGAAAGGCGGGAUAUGGGUGCUGUGUGAACACAGCAACUUCCGAGGCCGCCAGUGGCUGCUGGACUGUACGGAGAUCACCAACUGGCUGACCUACAGCGGGCUUCAGCAUGUAGGCUCUCUCUACCCCAUCAGGCAGAGACGGAUCUACUUCCGGAUAAAAAACGCAGAGCUGCAGUUCUUCCUCUCUGUCCCAGACGACGUUGAGGACAUGAAAGCAGGACGCGUGGUGGUCUCGGACCUGAGUGACCAGAGCAGCUCCAUCUGGUACUACGAGGAGGGGCUCAUCAAAAACCAGGUUGCCCCCACCAUGAGCCUGCAGGUGAUUGGUCUGGGCGAGAAAGGCGCCAAGGUGGUGCUGUGGGCUGAGAGCCGAGUUCCCCGCCAGACCUGGAGAAUCGAUUCUUUCGGGCGGAUCUGUAGCCAGAUGUUUGAGGACAUGAUCCUGGAUGUGAAAGGGGGCAGACUGUAUGACCGAGAUCACGCCAUCCUCUGGGACGUGGCUGAGGAAAGACCCACGCAGAUCUGGGACAUACAAGUGCUCUAAGAGCUUACAUUCAGGCCUGGAUCCUGUUGGAGGUGUCACCAAGUGCCCCCAGCUCUUCCCAUGGUCUUUCUGGGUUAUCAGGGUUCCCUGCAAACUGAUUCAGAGGUGCUCCUACCAGAAAGUAUCCCCUGCCCUGGAAUGGAGCCUGGACGGGCACGUCUCUGCAGCCUCUCCUCUGCCCGCUGGCCAUUCUAGGGUUGUGACUACUCCAGUUCAACCCUUUGUCAAUUCCAGGGAUUACCUGGGAGUGAAGGUGGCACUGACUAUCCUGUUUCAGCAUUCAGGGGCUCAUCAGGACCCACCUAAACUAUAGCGAAUCACCCGUGUAGUGCCAUGCGGUACCCGUGUGCACACAUGUUGUGAGUGCGAGCAAUGGGCCAUCUGGAGUCCUCAGGCUCCAAGCCGGCUCUGGUGCGACUGAUUUGGGCUGUACAGCAAAGACUGAAACGCAGACUCCUGCCCUGUCAUGGCUUCCUAAGCCCCUGUAUUUAUGUGUGCGUCAGAUACAAUCCUUUUUCUAACACCAGCUCUCUGGCUGGGUGCUUGGUUUGUACCACCAGUCGCGCGCUAACAUACUCGUUGAGUUGGUCUCUGAGAUGCCGCUCAAUGGAUGGACGUGAGACACUAGGGCAGGGGUUCUCA